GGAUUAAUGAGGAGCUACUUGGUUAACCUUGAGGAGCACUCGGGAGUCAAAAGAGCCGAGUUUGCCCGGCUCUGACUUAGUGUCCAGAGUUUCUGUUAGUUUUUGUCAUGGUUUUUGUCCCAGAACAUUAAUUAUAACCCAAUAACUAAAAACCAAUGACAACUUGUUGUGAUUCUAUUCAGACAGUUUUGAUUUUUCAAAUUAUUAAUUUGUUUAUUCUAACGUUAAAAACCGUCGAUAAAGAUAUCUUUGUAUUCAAUUUUUGAAAUGCGUUGUUUAAGAUUAACAAUAACGUUUAAUAAAUCGUAACACAUGUAACCAAAUGAGCAUAAACGUUUUUACUUAUGAUGACCUGUUUGUACGUAUAAUGGUAAGCAGAUACAUAUUAUCUAUAGAUUGAUAAGUAAAUUCUGAUAAUCGCUAGGGAAAUGACUAAUAUCUAGUAUUUGCGAGUAUUACCUACUUGUAUCUAAUCUUAUUUAAAGAACGAUAUCCAAAUUAAUAGGUACAGUUGAUACAUCGAUAUAUAUUUCUUGCAUGCAUACAUUUAAAUUCCUACAAUAAACUUAUAACAUUUAAAUUCUUACAAUAAACUAAUAACAAUUAUUUAGCAUUCAGAAUGCAGUACAAAGAUGCAUUUGUCAGUUUUUCAUAAAGUGCUGCUUGUUUGGAUUAUUUAAACCUACUGGUAUUUUGUGUAGUUCUCAUCGAAGUAGACAUUUUGAUUAACCGGUUAUUCCUAGGUAAAAGUAUAUGAUAUGGACGAAGAGGAAAUUAAUUCCAAAUUCGAAGAACUCCUGUGCGACAUGAAUUUGGACAAAAAUAAAAAAAAUCUUCUAAUAAAUUCCUCUAUCGACUACAAAGACAGGAUGCUUCAGUUACGCAACAAAGUCUUUGAUAAAAUUAAAGAAAAUCAUGAAUUUAAAGGUCCAAAUGAUUAUAUUUACUAUCUGGAACAAUGUUUUCAAGUUGAUUCGCAGAAUCCAGAUAUAAUACUGGGUUGUUUAGCUUCUUUAAAAAUAGCUCUAACAAACUAUCCCUUACAGUGGUCUAGAGAAUUUGGCCACAAAGGGGUUGCUACACUAUUGGAUGUUUUAAAAAGAGCAAAGGCAUUGUAAGUUACAUCAUUUUCUUAUUUUUUUAUGUUUUUUCAAUAUAUCUGAUAAGUAAAUUAAUGAUGGCUAGAUACUUAUGAAAGAAACUAACAAUAUACUCGUUGAAACAAUAAAUACAAAAUACAAUGGCGGAAAAAACGUCU